AUGAUGAGUGCGUUGACGAUCGAAAGAGCAAUCGGUUUUGGAUCUGUUACUAAUGAACUGCUCUACAGCAUUGGAUAUAUAACAAAAACUGAACGAGAUCCAUUUGAUGAAUUCAUUAUUCCUCUUGAUCGAAUAGACGACUUUAAUGGAAGUGAUCGUGAAUCUUUACGCCAGAAUGUGAAAGAAGAGCAAUUGUGUCAGGAUACAAGAGAUUUAUUUGAUAACCAACCUACCUUAUCAACUAAUACACAAUCAGACGUGAUGUUGAUGCAUGGUUAUACUGAUUAUAUUAUACACAAUAUUUCACAUCGUUCAUCUUCAUCAUUAACCACUGUUACUAAUGAUGAAAAUAUGGAAAAAAACAGAAUUAUGAAUAAUGAGAUCACAGCGUAUUUAUCAGUUGUUAUAAUGAAUUGGAAUCGUCCAGAAUAUGUUAAAAGAAUUGUUCAAUUAUUAGUAAAUGAUCGAAGAAUAAAAGAAAUUAUUAUCUGGAUAUGUAAUUCAAAUCCAAAAACAUUUGUUCAAUUUAAACAUCGAAAAGUAAAAAUAAUAAAAAAACCAGAAGCUAAUAAACAAUAUGGUUUAGCAGUAAGAUUUCAUGGUUGUAGGAUGGCAAAAUAUGAAUGGGUUAUUAUACAAGAUGAUGAUUUAAUUAUAACUGAAUUUGACUUAACUAGAAUGAUCGAAGCCAAACAAAAUUUACCUUCUUAUGAAAAACAUCGUUUAAUUUGUUUUAAUGAUGAUGCACGUGUUCGUCGAUAUACAUAUUCGAAACAAGCCCCAAAAAAUCAUGAACCAUUUAUAGUUUGUUUAACUCGUCAAUUAUUAGUUGAUCGUUUUAUGUGUAAUAAUUUUUUUAAAUAUUCAUAUUUAAUGGAAUAUAUGUUUAUUAAUAAUACACGUGUUAAAUAUUGGAAUGGUGAAGAUAUUUAUUUAAAUUUGGUUAAUAUGCAUGUAACUAAUGGUUUAUUACCUUUAAUAUUAACAAAUGCAACACGUUUAACACUUCCAUAUACAUCUGGUCAAAGUAGUUCACCUUACCAUUUUCAACAUAGAUUUCAAUUUUUAAAAGAAGCAGCUAAACGCUUAAAUAUUACAGAUGAUUUAUAUUAUAAUCAACAACAUAAAGACAAAUUAGAUAGAGAAAAUAUAGAAAGAGUUCGGAAAGAAUUGCAAAAGUUGACAUUGUAG